GCUGAUGGGAAGCCUCGGUUGGUUUUCUUAUCCGUAAUCAUGUGGGGGAGUUGUGUCUGGCUAGUGCUAUGCCUCUUUCUCCUGCAUGUUCUAUCCUUAAAGCAGAAGCGUGGGGUCUUUGUGAGGGGCUUUGUGCUGCUAGGUUCUUAGGUAUCUCUUCUUUUCUUUUUUUUGAUUCGGUAAUUAACUGGCCCAAGCAGUGUCAACCCUCAUGAGUUGGAGGGUAAGAAGGGGGAUCCCACCCCGUAAGGAAACUUCCAGAGACUGGAAAAUGGGGAUUUAUACUCAUAAGCAAAUACUUACACAAACUCCCUAAAUUGGGGCUAAUGAGAGUCUAACACCCGACCAACAAGUUGGGAGGUGGGAGCUCCAACCAUUGGGCUCCCACAUGAUUCUCUUCUCUUUUAGUUGAAGGUGAUAAUUUGGUUGUGAUUAAUUCUAUCCGGCAUUGUUGGAAGGUCUCCUGGGACAUUAGCUCUUUGGUCAAAGAUUUAGCGGAUCAGAUAAAGAGUUUUCAAGUUGUUUCUAUUAAUCAUUGUUUUCGGGAAGCCAAUCAGGCAACGGAUUUUAUGAUGCAUUAUGGUCAUGAAGCUCGUUUUCUUGUGUAUUGGUUUUCUUCUUCUAAUUUUGCUUUUUCUUCAAUCAUUCGCAAAGAUGUUGUAGGCUAAUACUAUCCUAGGGACUAGUCCUAUUUUUUCUUUCCUUAUAAAAAAAAAAAAAGGAUUUUGUGGGUGUAUCAUAUAUGAAUAUAAAUUCUCAUAUCCCAUCUCAUUUCUCAACUACCAAAUAGUCAAAGACCCCAUCAUUGUUUAUAAAACCGUUAAAUUUCCUUUGAACCCCCUUCAUAUAACAGUUUUUGGUGGGAAAAAUUAUAUUGAAGUCUAGUUUUUGUUAAAGGCAUUUACAUAUGAAUGAAGCUGCUUCUUUUACUAUUUCUCUCCUGCAAAAAUGCACCUCUAUAACUUCACUUAAGAAAGCCCAGAAACUCCAUGCCCUCAUCUUAACCUCAUCCACACCUUUCACUUACCAGAAGCCAUUCCUCCAUAAUAACAUCCUCUCCAUGUAUUCGAAAUGCGGUUCGGUCAUCAAUGCCCACCUUGUGUUCGACAAAAUGCCUCAAAGAAACUUCAUUUCUUAUAAUUCUAUCAUUUCGUCGAUUGCCCGUCGUUCUGAUUCUGCCUCAUAUGCUUUCAAAUUGUUUUCCCAGAUGAGGUACCAAUGUUUUACACCAAAUGGGGCAACUUUUAUAUGCCUAUUGCAGUCAGCUUCUGUUGCUCGAGAUCGGUUUCAGGGAUUGGCUCUUCAUUGCUUAAUUAUCAAGUCCGGUCAAUUGUUUGAUGUGCAGGUUCAAACUGCUUUGAUUUGUUUCUUCUCUAAUUUUGGUGAUCUUACUUCUGUUGUUGAAGUAUUUGGAAAUGUAGUUGUUAAAGAUGAUUACUCCUGGAAUUGUAUCAUAUCAGGGUAUGUGAAAAACAACAAAAUGACAGAAGGCCUAUGUCUAUUCAGAAAGAUGUUGAGUAGUGGUGCAACUCCAACAGAAUUUACAUAUUCAAUGGUACUGAAUGCUUGUGCAAGAUUGAGCGAUUAUUCUUAUGGCCGACUUGCUCAUGCACAAGUUAUCUCGACUGGUGUGUUCCUGGAUUUGCCGUUGCAGAAUGCAUUGAUUGACAUGUACUCUAGCUGUGGUGACACCCAAUCUGCAUUUCGUGUAUUUGAAGAAAUUCAGAGUCCGGAUCUUGUGUCAUGGAACUCGAUGAUGGCAGGAUAUGCAGAGAAAGGAGAAGGGGAGAAAGCUGUGGAUCUAUUUGUCCAACUGCAACAAUGUGCCAUUCAUAAAGCAGAUGAAUACACUUUUGCAGCUCUGAUAUCUGCUAUUCAAGGAGAAUCAACUUCGUACUAUGGAGAAAUCUUACAUGCACAGGUCAUUGUAUCUGGAUUGGAUAGAAGUGUAUAUGUUGGGAGUCCAUUGAUUGCCAUGUAUUUUGGGCAUGGUAAAACCGAAUCUGCUGAAGGUGUUUUCCACUCUAUCCCGAAGAAAGAUGUGGUUCUGUGGACUGAAAUGAUCUCUGGUUAUUCUAACGUGGAAGAUAGUGAGAAAGCAAUGAAGUUCUUCUAUGAGAUGUGGAAAGGAGGUCAUAAAAUUGAUGACUUUGCUUUGAGUAGUGCUUUGAGUGCAUGUGCUGAUCUUGCAACUCUGAAACAAGGUGAAAUGCUUCAUUCUGUGGCUAUAAAAGCUGGGUGUGAUUCUCAGAUGUCAGUAUGUGGAAGUCUUAUCAACGCAUAUGCCAAAAAUGGUGACCUGCAAGCUACCAAGUCAAUUUUUAAUGAGAUCGAUAACCCUGACUUGAAGUGUUGGAACUCAAUGAUAGGCAGCUACAGUCACCAUGGAAAGGCUGAGGAUGCAAUAAGACUGUUUGAUGAGUUUCUAGUUCAUGGUCUGGAACCAGAUCAAGUGACAUUUAUUUCACUACUCUCUGCUUGCAGCCAUUGUGGUCUAGUUGAUAGCGGGAAGCACUUGUGGAAUUAUAUGAAGGAAAAGGGGCUUUCUCCUGGGCUUAAGCAUUACGCUUGCAUGGUAAGUUUGCUCAGUCGAGCAGGGCUGCUAGAAGAGGCAGUGGAAGUUAUUCUAGAGUCAGAUUUUACUAAGAACCAUCUUGCAUUAUGGAGGACUGUGUUGAGUUCAGCUGUUUCUAACAAAAAUUUGUCUAUGGGACUUCAUGCUGCAGCGAAAAUUUUACAACUUAAUGCACAAGAUAGUGCAACUCACACUUUACUUUCAAAUCUCUAUGCUUCUGUUGGGAGUUGGGAUGGUGUCAUGGAGGUAAGGAAAAGAGUAAGAGGACUUAAUUUGGAAAAGGAUCCAGGAUUGAGCUGGGUUGAGACAGUGAAAAGCUUGGAAGUUUUCUCAUCAGGUGAUCAGUCACACCCGAGGAUUGAAGAAGUAAGACACCAGCUGCAGAUACUAAAAAGAAGCAUGAUGUUACAGCAAGAUAUUGAUGAUAUAUAAUGCAUAAGGAUCCUCAUCUACAGAAGCUGGACAAAAAUUAUUGCUGGGAUCUAGGUAUCAAAGAGCUCCUGAGGCUUUCCACAACCAGGAUCCGAAUUCUUUGCCACCAAUUGAAACGGACAGUCGUUGCAGAUACAGUAGUUCAACAUGGCACACAAUGCACCAAAGCCAAAGUCACAAGAGCUAUAUUGUUCCUAUAGUAUCCACGUUGCACACCAACACCCCAACACAGUUUAUGGACUGUUGGCACUUGGCACGUCAUUUUGGAUCGAAACUUGCCAAAUAUUCAUAAACUGGCCAAUUGACUCUCACGACAGCUAUGCGUGCUCAGUGUUCAUUGUGCAUUUUGUAAAACAAUAAGCAUAGCUUGUACAGUGGACCAAUUAUCAGCUUAAGUACAGGGCCACUCAAUUUUUUGAGACAGCCUCGUA